AUGGCAAUGACUAGAGAGUCUGCUUUCCUGCCGACCAUCAAGUGUUCGCAAUGUGGUGCACAGGUUGAGAUCUCCAUGAUGGGAGAGCACAUCUGUGCUACUGGAGGCGAUGAACAAUCAUCCAAAUCACCACGUAAACUGGUGCCAGUUGACAUUGACGCUGCCAACAAGCCCUACGCGCAGCAGGCUCCUAGGACGCCUAUGAACCUAGGCAGCCAUAACUCUCCUGGGGGCCUCUUUGCUGAGCCUGCCCAGGGGCGUUCCAGCGAACUAUACUCAUCUUCAGACAAUGGUAGCGAAGGCUACGUCCCCUCGCCACUGAGCGCGCGGCGAUCCAAUGGCCACGGGGGUCUGAACGAGAGCGAUACCUACACGAUGGAGCCGCUGCCCAGCCCGGGCGCCGGUGUCCUCCAACGCAUGGACAACAUCACCCCCGGGCCGUUUGACCACCGUAGGCCCUCUGCCGCGGGGUCCGUAUCCUCCGGCAGGCCUUUUGCAUCUGGCUCUGUAUCCCCAAGCUUCGCAAACUCGCUUGCCCCGACGUCCCCAUAUCCAGAGGAGAGGCCCGGAACCGGAUAUUCGAUGCGCUCAACGGGAAGUGGUGAAAACAUGGCUCCCCCGAGGCUGCCGAGGAAGGAUGGGUAUGAGGGAUUCGGCCCUCCGUUGAGGUCAGAGACUGAGCUCCAGCCCCCCGCACGCUUGGUUCCACUCGACCGCUCCGAGACGUUCCCCAGGGCUUCGCUCUCCACAGAGCCUCCUGCACGAACACCAUCGGCGCCGGGCACGCGCAGCUCGGACUCGAGGCAGAGCCCCAGGUCUAUGCACGGACGCCAGCCGUCCAUGGGCCCAGAUACGUCGAGGAAGCCACCGCCAAGGAAGAGCCUGAUACGCCCCGCCCGUGGGAAUCCAGGUUCUGUCGACCUGGCUAGGGAGUUUGGUGUUGGGAACCCCUACCACACUCCCUCGGACUCGGCGUCGUCGGCUACCUCCGCCUUUAGCGGUCCGAGCUUCGCGAGCUCCCAGACGAGCCCCUCCCGCACCCACAGCCGCCAGGAUGUUCCCGACUUCCUCAGACAGCCCCGCCCCAAGGACAACACGCCCAAACCUUUAGACAUUACGCCCAAGCCUCUAGACAUUCCGAGGCAGAGCACCCUACGCGCGGGACCCAUGACUUCGCCGCGCACCCCGUCGCCGCUGGCCGAUUCACCCGGCGAGCUCGCCGUCGUCGACGAAAACACCUUCUCCCGCUCUUUUGGCUCCUCGCGCUCGCCGACGGCAGCCGGAGAACCUCUUGCAACCUCUCCCCAGCAGCCCGCGUCCAACGACCGUUGGGGGUCACCUCCAGACUCUCUGCACAUGAAGCCCGCACCUGCCCCCCCUGUGCCCAAGAGCACGGGCGACUCGAAUUACCGUGGUGACUGCAAGGCCUGCGGCCAGCCCAUCAAGGGCAAGAGCGUGUCAUCAGCAGAUGGACGCCUCACCGGAAAGUACCACAAGGCGUGCUUUGUAUGCACUACCUGCGCCGAGCCCUUCACAUCUGCCGAGUUCUACGUGCUGGAUGAUCGCCCAUACUGCGAGCAGCACUACCACAAGCUCAACGGAAGUCUCUGUGGCGGUUGCGGACGCGGCAUCGAGGGCCAGUUCGUGGCUGACGAGAGUUCGACAAAGUACCACCUUAGCUGCUUCUCUUGCCUCGACUGCGGCCGAUCUCUGACUGAGGGCUACUUUGAGGUCGACGGCCGCGCCUACUGCGAGCAAGACGCCCUGUACAGGGUCAACAGUGCGCCGCCGCCUGCCCCGAUGUACAACAAUUCUCCGCCUCCUGGUCCCUACCCAUACGGCGGCGGCGGCGGCGGAUACGGUCGCCCCGGCCCUCCUCCUGGUCCCGGACCCUACGGACCGCCUCCCAGGCGACCCACCGGUGGUGGCGGCCCCAUGCCUCCCCGCCCCAUGGGUCUUCCCUCCGGCCCCGGCCCCAGCUCUGGUAGCCUUCGGCCCAGGGGACCUAACCCUAACGGGAUGCCCCGUCCUUAUCCCGGACCCCCUGGCGCGAGGCGUCCUGGCCCUGGCCCUGGUGGCCCUGGUAUGCCUCACCCGUCCAAGGGUGGCUUUGCUCCUCGUCCUCAGAUGAAUAAACGCAGCACCAGGCUGGGUAUGAUGUAA